UCUAGAAAAGCAGCAGAACAAGCAAUGACAGCUUACAAGGAACGCCACAAGCAUGAAAGGUUCUUGUCAUUCAUUAUUUAUAUGUAGCUAUUGCAUGCACACCUGAACAAACCAAGCUGAAGCAGCCAUGCCGAAAAGGAUCCCUGAACUUCCAUCAGAAAUCAUUUCAGAAAUUCUUUCAAGGCUUCCUGUCAAGUGUCUGGUUCGUUUCAAGUGUGUAUCCAAGACAUGGCGUUCUCUAAUAUCCCAUCCCGAGUUUGUCAAAAACCACCUCAAACGUACCAAGGAAGACACCAAUGCAAACCAUUACAAAAUCUUUCUCUCCACCGAUCCUCACCUAUCCAUCGAUCCUGAAGCCUAUUUUGAUGCCGAUGAUAAUCUUUUAACAACCCAGCUCAAAUUUCCUGUCAGCUAUCCUGAAUAUUCUUAUAUUGAGAUCUUGGGAUCUUGUAAUGGCUUGGUGUGUGCACUUAUUCACGAUAAUCCGCUGAUCUAUUUAUGGAAUCCAUCUACUAGAGAGUCCAGGGAAUUGGCUAUUCCGGGUUCCUCAGAAGAUGAUGCGUUUUAUGGAUUUGGUUAUGAUGUCAAGCUUGAUGAUUACAAAAUAGUAAGAGUUUCCAUAUCUACUUCCACCAACAGUACUGAUGGCUCCAAUAGUGAAACUAAAGUGGAGGUGUUUACCUUAAAAAGCAAUAUAUGGAGAACAAUUCAAGACCUUCGUUGUAGUGUUCUCUUGGAGGGCCCGGGCACUUUAGCGAACGGGGCUUUGCACUGGCUUGUCAGACAGGAAAAUGGUGGAAGUAAAAAGUGUGUAAUGGUUUCAUUUGAUUUGUCAGAGGAGAAAUUCCUAGAGAUGGUGCCGCUUCGAGGUCUAACUGAAGAUGACAGUAACUGGGACUUGGAAUUGAAAGUUUUAGGAGACUGGCUUUGUCUAUAUUCUCAUUAUGGUCUAAUCUGUGAGGCAUGGAUAAUGAAGGAAUAUAGCAGCGAGGCUUCGUGGACUAGAUUCUUGAGGUUUAAUGGCGAAUCAAUUCCUGGAGGCAAGUACUGGUUUCGAUUAUUAUGGGUGACAAAGAAUGGUAACGUUGUUUAUGAUUUAGAUGGAAGGGAAGUAGUCUUCUAUAACCCAGACGAAGACACAGCAAGACCAUUCAUCAUCUACCAUGAAGGAGAUUGGUUUGAAUCGACUGCUUAUAUAGAAAGUCUUGUUUCCCCUAAUAAUAUUAGUGAUGGCCUGCUACCAAACAUAUAAUUGAAGCUUGUUGGCAUUGCCUUGUAUCUGGUUUCUUGGCAUGUGGGAUGCAUAUUAUGAGCACAUACAGGCGCUUUUCUGUAUAAA